UUUCAGGAGUUUCGAGAAAGCAACGCCUGCAAGUUCUGCUAGGUUCCUGAACUUAAAACUGCACGUCGCAACAAAGGGAGGGGGACGCGUGGGAGUCUGGGUCCCGGCGAGCACCCACUUAGCUGCUUUCUCCCUCUCUCGCCCUAGUCAUGGAAGGGAUGGAGGACGCCGAGGCCGAUUGCUCCGUUGCAUUCGCAGAGGCUCAGAGAUGGGUGGAGGCUGUAACUGAGAAGACUUUUGAAACAAAGGAUUUUCGAGCCUCUCUAGAAAAUGGUGUUCUGUUGUGUGAUUUGAUUAAUAAGCUCAAACCUGGCAUCAUAAAGAAGAUCAAUAGACUGUCUACACCAAUAGCAGGUUUGGAUAAUAUAAACGUUUUUUUGAAAGCUUGUGAACAGAUUGGAUUGAAAGAAGCCCAGCUUUUUCAUCCCGGGGAUCUACAGGAUUUAUCAAAUCGAGUCACUGUCAAGCAAGAAGAGACUGACAGGAGACUGAAAAAUGUUUUGAUAACUUUGUACUGGCUGGGAAGAAAAGCACAAAACAGCCCCUACUAUAAUGGUCCCCAUCUCAAUCUGAAAGCUUUUGAGACUCUUUUAGGACAAGCGUUGACUAAGGCACUUGAAGAUUCUAGCUGUCUGAAAAGAAGUGGCCGAGACAGCGGCUACGGUGACAUCUGGUGUCCUGACAGAGGAGAAUUUCUUGCCCCUCCAGGUAGCCAUAGGAGGGAAGAUUCCUUUGAAAGCUUGGACUCCUUGGGGUCUAGAUCACUGACCAGCUGCUCCUCAGAUCUCACGCUUAGAGGUGGGAAGGAAGGUUUCGAAAGUGACACAGAUUGGGAAUUCACAUUCAAAAUGCAGGAUUAUAACAAAGAUGAUAUGUCCUACCGAAGGAUUUCAGCUAUUGAACCAAAGUCUGCUCUACCAUUUAACCGCUUCUUGCCUAACAAAAGCAAACAGCCAUCCUAUGUGCCAGCACCUCUGAGGAAGAAAAGGCCAGACAAAAAUGAGGAUAACAGAAGAAGCUGGGCCAGCCCGGUCUACACAGAAACAGACGGAACAUUUUCAAGUAAUCAGAGGAGGACUUGGGGUCCCAAGAUGGAGCGCUGGCACACAAUCCAAGAAACUUCAACCUCCUCUUGUUAUCUGGAAGAGGAGGAAGAAAAGAUAACGCGCAUCCCCAACCUUGUGAAGGAUGAUCUCUAUGUGCGAAAGCUCAGCCCUGUCAUGCCAAGCCCAGGGGGCUCUUUUGAUCAGUUUCUUCCCAAAUGCUGGACCCCAGAAGAUAUGAACUGGAAAAAAAUAAAGAGAGAGACUUAUAAGCCAUGGUAUAAGGAAUUCCAGGGAUUCAGUCAGUUUUUAUUGCUUCAGGCUCUUCAAACAUACUCUGAUGACAUCUUGUCUUCAGAAACAAGCGUCAAAAUCGAUCCCACCUCUGGCCCAAGGCUCAUAACCCGCAGAAAAAAUCCCUCUCACACACCAGGCUAUCGAGCGGAUGACCUUGAGCUGCCAGCUCUGGAUCCUGACUUAGAAAAUGAUGAUUUCUUUGUCAGAAAAACUGGGGCUUUCCAUGCAAAUCCAUGUGUUCUUCGAGCCUUCCAAGACCUUCGAAGGUUCUCUGAGCCAGACGAUGCUGUUGAGCGAGAUAUAAUUUUGCAGUGUCGGGAAGGUGAACUUGUACUUCCAGAUUUAGAAAAAGAUGAUAUGAUUGUUCGCCGGAUCCCAGCACAGAAGAAAGAAGUGCCCCUGUCUGGGGCCCCUGAUAGAUAUCAACCAGUCCCUUUCCCGGAACCCUGGACCCUACCUCCAGAAAUCCAAGCGAAAUUUCUGUGUGUGCUCGAAAGGACACGCCCACCCAAAGAAAAAAGCAGCGGCUGUAGAGUCUUAGUUCCUUCCUAUCGACAGAAGAGAGACGACAUGUUGGCUCGCAAGAUCCAGUCUUGGAAGCUGGGGACCGCUGUGCCUCCCAUCAGCUUCAAGCCUGGCCCCUGCAGCGAGGCCGAUCUGCAGAAGUGGGAGGCCAUCCGGGAGGCCAGCAGACUUAGGCACAGGAAGCGGCUGAUGGUUGAGAGACUCUUUCAAAAGAUUUAUGGUGAGAAUGGGAGCAAGUCCAUGAGCGAUGUCAGCGCAGAGGAUGUUCAGAACCUGCGUCAACUGAGGUACGAGGAGAUGCAGAAAAUAAAAUCCCAACUGAAAGAACAAGAUCAGAAGUGGCAGGAUGACCUUGCAAAAUGGAAAAGUCGUCGGAAGAGUUACACUUCAGAUCUGCAGAAGAAAAAGGAGGAGAGGGAAGAGAUUGAAAAGCAGGCACUCGAGAAGUCUGACCGAAGCUCCAAGACAUUUAGGGAAAUGCUGCAGGACAGGGAAUCUCGAAAUCAGAAUUCUACAAGGAGGAUGUAUUCCUCUGAUGACGCCCUGGAUGAUGAAGUAAUCACUCCUACAGUGACUCUCUCAGAAACCAGCUACCAGACUGAGAGACUGGAAGUCAAGGCAACAACUUAUCCUGCCGAGACGCCCAAAGAAGAUUCCACAACUUUUGCAAAUAGACAGGACAGUGUAGCCGCUGAGAUUCCACUUCCUUCUCACAUUCCUGAAGAGCAGCGGCCGGCCGCUUUGUCUGCGGCAGAACCACACCAGACCCCCCUGUCUUCUGCAGAACCACACCAGGCCCCCUUGUCUUCUGCAGAACCACACCAGGCGUCCUUGUCUUCUGCAGAACCGCACCAGGCCCCCUUGCCUUCUGCAGAACCACACCAGGCGUCCUUGUCUUCUGCAGAACCACACCAGGCGUCCUUGUCUUCUGCAGAACCGCACCAGGCCCCCUUGCCUUCUGCAGAACCGCACCAGGCGUCCUUGUCUUCGGUAGCACAGCGUCCAGUCUCGCUCUCUUUACAGCAGUCGCCGAGUACAAGAGGAGAGUCGACUCGGAUUUCAGCUUCUCUCCCUAGAAGUUACCAGAAAGCCGAUACAGCCAGGUUAACAUCUGUGGUCACAGCGAGACCUUUUGGCACGCAGUCAAGGGGAAUCUCAUCACUGCCCAGAUCCUACACGAUGGAUGCUGGCUGGAAGUACAAUGGAGAUGUUGAAGUUGUCAAGAGACCUCAACAGAAUUCGGUCAAAGCCAGUGCCCCGAAGCUUGACUCCACCCAGUUUGUUUGGGCCUCAUCCAGUGAAAGGGAGGCAGCCACAGGAGAAGAUGUGGCAAGCAUGUCCUCCCCCACACCCACUUCUUCAUCUCCAUCCCAAGACCAGGCAGCUACUUCAAAAGCCACACUCUCUUCAACAUCUGCCCUGGAUUCGGUGUCUGACUCUGGAGAAGGGAGAAGCUCACCGCUGUGGGAGAUUUCAAGGUCCCAGGAUCAGUUCAGCGACAUGAGAAUCAGCAUAAACCAGACGCCUGGGAACAAACCUGACUUUGGCUUUACAAUAAAAUGGGAUUUUUCUGGGAUCUUCAUAGCAUCAGUUGAAAAAGGUAGCCCAGCAGAAUUUUCUCAGCUGCAGGUAGAUGAUGAAAUUCUUGCCAUCAACAACACCAAGUUUUCAUAUAAGGAUACAAAAAAGUGGGAGGAAACCAUGGCAAAUGCCCAAGAAACUGGAAACUUGGUGAUGGAUGUCAGGCGCUAUGGAAAGUCUGACUGGGGCAGAGACCAACCUUCCCUGCCAUCUAUACAGCAUAAAACCCUCAAUCUUACCAGUGUGGCUACCAAAAUUAUAGGUUCACCUGAAACCAAGUGGACUGAUACGACUUCAGGGAUUUACAACACGGACAAGUCUUCAAGUCUGUCGGUAACAACUGAUUUCUCUGAAAGCCUUCAGAGUCCUUAUACUGAAUCCAAAGAAAUCAAUGGAAUUCAUGAGGAAAGCAACACCUUUGAUUCAAAAGCAUCAGAAUCCAUUUCUUUGAGAAAUUUAAAAAGGCGAUCACAAUUUUUUGAACAAGGGAGCUCCGAUUCUGUGGUUCCUGAUCUUCCGGUUCCAACCCUCAAUGCCCCGAGUCGCUGGGCAUGGGAUCAAGAGGAGGAGAGGAAACGGCAGGAGAGGUGGCAGAAAGAACAGGACCGCCUACUUCAGGAAAAAUACCAGCGUGAGCAAGAAAAGCUGAGGGAAGAGUGGCGGAGGGCUCAGCAGGAGGCGGAGAGAGAGAAUUCCAAGUACUUGGAUGAGGAGCUGAUGGUUCUAAACUCCAACAGCAUUUCUCUGAGCACACGGGAGCCUGUGGCUUCCACCUGGGAACCCACUUGGAGUGAAGGGUCCAAGUCUUCGGACAGGGAAGGAACCCGAGCAGGAGAGGAGGAGAGGGGACAGCUGGAAGAGGAUGCUGUUUAUGAGGACCAAAGUCGGAAGCUGCAGGAACAGCUCAUGCUUGAGCAGGAGAAGAAACGGAAGGAACAAGAAGCUCAGGAAGAAGAACUUCGGAAGCAGCGGGAGGCUGAGGCUCAGGCCCAGGAAGAGGCGGAAGCCAAGGCCCGCGCAGAGGCCCAGGCCCAGGCGGAGGCCGAAGCUAAGGCCCGUGCAGAGGCCCAGGCCCGGGCCGAGGCUCAGGCAGAAAGACGAGCUGAAACACAGAAGCACCAGGCAGAGAGGGAGCGAGAAACUUCGGUGAAGAUCUACCAGUACCGGAGGCCUAUUGAUUCCUAUGAUAUACCCAAGAGAGAGGAGGACCCUUCAGGGCUGCUUCCUAGUGACAGGAGUAAAUCAAGAUCCACUACGGAACUGAACAAUGCCCCCACAGAGAAGAACGGAAGCAGCAAAUAUUCAGACCGAAUUGGGACUACUAGCUUUUCACAAAGGAGCUCCAAGAAGGAUCAGGGCCCCUCAGAAGCAGAGUUGGAGAGACAGCAAAUCCUUCAGGAAAUGAGGAAGAGAACAUCUCUCCAUAAUGACAACAGCUGGAUCCGACAGCGCAGCGCCAGUGUAAACAAAGAGCCCAUCUGCCUGCCUGGGGUCAUGAGGAGAGGGGAGUCUCUGGACAAUCUGGACUCCCAGCGGCCCAGUUCUUGGAGGCAGUCCCCAUGGCACAGCCAGCCUGCAGGAGUCUAUGCCUCCUCCUCUGUCCAAGACUUCAGUCGCCCGCCUCCACAGCUGUUGUCCACAUCAAACCGUGCCUACAUGCGGAACCCAUCCUCUGCUGUACCGCCUCCAGUGGGCCCAGUGAAGGCUGUCAUCCCAGGCCCUGCCCCCCCAGGGUCUCCCACCCCACGCAGCCAUUCCCCUUCAAUGUCACAGUCAAGCUCUCAGCUCCGUAACAGGUCAGUGAGUGGGAAGCGUGUGUGCUCCUACUGUAAUAACAUUCUGGGCAAAGGAGCUGCUAUGAUCAUCGAGACCCUGGGUCUUUGUUAUCAUUUACAUUGUUUUAAGUGCGUCUCCUGUGAACGUGACCUCGGAGGCUCCUCCUCCUCCUCAGGAGCCGAAGUCAGAAUCCGAAACCACCAACUGUACUGCAAUGACUGCUAUCUCCGAUUCAAAUCUGGACGGCCAACCGCCAUGUGACGUAAGCCUCCAUUCGAAAGUGCUGUUGCAGAUAGAAGAGGAGGAGGCGGUGGCUGCUGAUGCAGAACUAUAAAUAUGUCUUGUAUGUCCCCCCCUUUUUUAAAAAAGAGAAUAACCUUUGCCUCAUUAGAUGACAUAGGAACACUGUAGUGUUGGUAGGACCUGUAUUUUUGUUGUUUAUUUAUAAGGUAAUUAUGUGUGUGGGGAAGUGCAGUACUUGCCUUUUGAAUUCGGCAUCCUAAAAGCACAAGCAGAAACACCCCAAGAACUUAAAAAAAAUACUUUGGAGACUGAUGAUGAUCUAGUUUGACCCUUUAGUGGUGUUUUGAAGAGGGUAUUUUAUUUUAUUUUUUUUUAAGUUCUUAAACAUUAUUUGAAAUAGUUAAUAUAAAUAUGUAAUUGUGUUUACUGUUUACUGUAAUGUAUUCUAAGUUAAUGUGGAACCAUAUGAAAAAUUUCAUUUAAAUCCACCCAUAAAUUUGCUUUUUUGUGGUUUUCUUUACACAGAAAUAAUCCAAUUGAAAAAUAAUUUUGCUUAUGUAAUAUUUUAUUUGCUUGAGGAGGGCAUUCUAUUUUCUUUACAAGGACUGUCGUUGCUAAGCAAAUAUCAGUAGAAAGCUGCUUAUUUUCAAUAAUAAAAAAUAACCAUGGUUUGUACACCAGGAAUUUUCUCCAGAAACUAGUGAGAUUUUCUGUUCAGUUGCCUUUGUAAAUAAAAUUGGUGAUGCAUUUAA